AUGAGAUUCCUGGUUGCUUUUUUGCUACUUGUAUCUCUCCUACUACUACAUGCCAAAGUGGUAUACACCGCACCCAUUAACAACAAGCGAGAUCAGUUUAAUGGAUUCUUCAGUGGCCGUAUAACUUUUUUCCACCCUGCAAGUGAAGGUGGUGCAUGGGGUGCAUGUGGCCCACAUGAAAACGACCAUAGCCGAAUCGUUGCCUUGAAUCUCAAGCAAUACGGCAACGAAGAUGCCAGGAGCAAAUGGUGUAACAAAAAGGUUCUCAUUAUGCAUAAAGGCAAGGAGGUGGAAGCCACCAUUUCGGAUGCUUGCCCAGGCUGUGCUGAUGAAUCUUUGGAUGCUACUCCGUACAUAUUUAGUCAGCUUGGUGUUCUUAAAACAGGUGUUCUCAAAGUGAAAUGGUGUGUGCUUGGUACCCGUGGGUGUAAGAGUAAAAAGAAAAAGAGCCUCCAUCACAACAAGAAAGACAAGAAAAAAGAUGACUAG